AUGACGGGGACCACCCAAUCGAAAUUCCCAGAAGUGAUCUUAGGCACUCCAUGCCAAGUGAACCACACUGAACAAACCCAUGAAAGAGACAAUAGCCCGCCAUUCAUCCUUUCCAGUCCUACCCCCUCCCAACCCUUCAACUUUCAAACCCAACGCAAUACCUUGAGCUCUGAUGAUCCAUUCAAAUCACCAAUCAAUCGCCCAACGUUCCAAUUCAAUAAAAAACGAAGACGACAACCCAGCCACUCAGAACCCCAUAUCAACUCACCAAAAGAAGCUAUCCAAAAAGCUAGAAGUCUACUCAUUCUAGCUGCCUCCCUAGAAGAGGAUACCGAAGAACAAUCGAAAGUCCUAGACUUAAUCGAAAUAUUUCGUGAAUAUCUUGAAAAAGGAAAACUCACAAAAGCCUCAAAUAUCAUCACAUCACAAAUCUCCCAUCUAGAAAAUGCUACCAAACGGAUCGAAAAGCAAGCCAACCACCUUUCAAACCUCCCCAAUCAUACAAUCCCCCCUACAAUAAACACCCCUGGAACCAAAGCCAACUAUGCCACUAUCACCAAAACCUCAGGAGAAUGGAACCUAGUUACAAAGGGAAAACUGUUGACCUCCUGGGAUCUUGGCAGCAUAUGCAUAUAUAUUGCAUGA